AUGGCGGCGGCGAGACAAUUACGCACUCUCCAAUCUCAGCCGGAAAACAAGGUAUGCGUCGACUGCGCUCAGAAGAAUCCGCAAUGGGCGUCGGUUUCUUACGGCAUCUUCAUGUGCUUGGAGUGCUCCGGGAAGCACCGAGGAUUAGGCGUUCACAUCUCCUUCGUCAGAUCCGUCACCAUGGAUUCAUGGUCGGAGAUCCAGAUCAAGAAGAUGGAAGCAGGCGGAAACGAGCGGCUCAACAAAUUCCUCGCGCAAUACGGAAUCCCCAAGGAGACUGACAUCAUUUCCAAGUACAAUUCCAACGGUGCAACUGUGUACCGUGACCGGAUCCAGGCUUUAGCCGAAGGUAGGCCGUGGACGGAUCCGCCAGUCGUCAAGGAAUCGAUUAACGGAGGAGGAAGAGGUGCGGGGAUGAAUAAUAAGAAGCCUCCGUUGGCUCAGGGAGGUUACGGAAACAACAACGGAGGAGGAUGGGAUAGUUGGGAUAACGAUGAUUCCUACAGAUCUUCAACGGAUAUGAGACGGAAUCAAUCGGCGAAUGAUUUCAGGGCGUCGGGAGCCCGUCCCGGCGCCGGAGGAGGUGCACAUGUGAAGUCGAAGUCGUCGGAGGAUAUCUACACGCGAUCGCAGCUAGAGGCUUCCGCUGCUGGGAAGGAGAGUUUCUUUGCGAGAAGAAUGGCGGAGAAUGAGUCUAAGCCUGAGGGACUUCCUCCGUCGCAAGGAGGCAAGUACGUCGGGUUCGGAUCAAGCGCAGCUCCACCACCGAGAAACAAUCAACAGGAUGAUGUUCUCUCUGUUGCCUUACAGGGAUUUGGAAGAUUGUCUAUGGUUGCUGCAUCUGCAGCUCAGUCAGCUGCAAGUGUUGUUCAGACGGGUACCAAAGAGUUCACAUCCAAGGUGAAGGAAGGUGGGUAUGAUCAUAAGGUGAGUGAAACUGUAAAUGUAGUAGCGAAUAAGACAACAGAGUUAGGUCACAGGGGAUGGGGAUUCAUGAAAGGAGUGAUGGCAAUUGCGACACAGAAGGUCGAAGAGUAUACUAAAGAAGGGUCAACAAGCUGGAAUCAACAACAAAGUGAAAAUGAGAGCAAUGGUUACUACCAGAACUUUAAUGGGAACAAAGCAGCGAAUUCCUCUCUUGGAGGAGGAGGAGGAGUGUCACAGUCAUCGUCAAAUGCUCAUUACAACACCUCUCAGAAGUCAAGUUCUUGGGACGAUUGGGGAGAGAAUGAGAAUACGAAGAAGGAAGCAGCAGCAGCUCCAAAGGGGUCAUCUGCUUCUAACGAUGAUGAUGGCUGGACUGGUUGGGAUGAUGCCAAAGAUGAUGUUGUUUACCAAAGUGCAGGCGAUAAGAAACCUGUUGGUCACAACGGGAAAUCAGACACCGCUUGGACCGGUGGAGGUUUUCUCUAA